GCCAAGAGGCCAACAUUUUAUUACCCCUGAGGGCUUUGUAGGCUUACUUUAAGGCAGGUGAAUUUUUUUUUUUUUUUUUUUUGUCUUUUUAGGACCACACUGGCUAGGGAUUCAAUCAGGGCUGUAGCCGCUGGCCUACACCGGAGCCACAGCAACUUGGGAUCCAGGCUGAAUCUGCAACCCACUACCACAGCUCACGGCAAUGCUGGAUCCCCAACCCACUGAGCAAGUCCAGGGAUUGAACCGAGUCCUCGUGGAUGCUAGUCGGGUUCGUUAACUGCUGAGACACGAAGGGAACUCCAAGGCAGGUGAAUUUUAAGUGUAAAUGGAUUGCUUUAGAGGGGUUUUGAGCUGAGACAGAUCAAAUAUAUGUGUGUUUUAACAAGAUCAUUUAAAGUACUUUGAGUUCCUGUUGUGGCUCAGCAGAAACGAAUUUGACUAGCAUCCACGAGAACGCAGGUUUGAUCCCUGGACUCAAUCAGUGGGUUAAGGAUCUGGCUUGCAGAUGGCUUGCAGAUGAGGCUCAGAUCCCACAUUCUUGUGGCUCUGGCGUAGGCCAGCUAAAGGGAAAUCAGCUCUUCAGGUCCUCUCAUUAUCUUGCUACUAUCAAAGACAAAGAUAUAUACACACAAAUACGUAUAUAUAUAUACGCAUACGUUUUUUUGUUUUGUUUUGCUUUGUUUUUUGCUGUGGUGUAUGGCCACUUGAUGUGGGAUCUCAUUCCCAGACCAGGGAUUGAACUCAGGCCAUAGCAGUGCAGCAGUGAAUGUACCAAGUCUCAACCACCAGGCCACCAGGGAAUUCCAAAGUUUAUGCUUUUUAUUUCCCAAGGUUCUACUGCAAAUCACUGGGGAAAGAGAAAAGAGAUAAAAGUAACUUGCCCAGCAGAAGUUACAAGAGCACAGAAUUCAGUUGUUAAUUCUGCCCCUGACUCUUGCUCAGAUAGUAACGAGACUAACUAGCCUAGGCCUUUAGAAUUGCACUCUUAGGAGUUCCCGUUGUGGCUCAGUGGUUAAGGAAUCUGACUAGGAACCAUGAGGUUGUGUGUUCGAUCCCUGGCCUUGCUCCGUGGGUUAAGGAUCUGGUGUUGCCAUGAGCUAUGGUGUAGGUUGCCGACUCGGCUUGGAAACCGCAUUGCAGUGGCUCUGAUGUAGGCCAGCGGCUACAGCUCUGAUUAGACCCCUAGCCUGGGAACCUCCAUAUGUCACGGGAGCGGCCCAAGAAAUGGCAAAAAAGACCAAAAAAAUAAAAUAAUAAAAUAAAAUAAAUUACCAUUACUGUAUUUCCCUGCAGGAAAAAUUGCACUCUUAUUCUUCAGUGGGGAGCGUUGUGAACUUAGUCCUUCUUUUGUGUUUCCAUGUAUUGCCUGCUACCUCCAUUUUAUUUAUUUAUUUAUUUAUUUAUUUAUUUAUUUAUUUAUUGUCUUUUUGCCAUUUUCUUGGGCCGCUCCCACGGCAUAUUGGGUGGUUCCCAAGCUAGGGGUUGAAUUGGAACUGUAGCCUCCGGCCUACACCAGAGCCACAGCAACGCAGGAUCCGGGCCGCGGCUGCAACCUACACCACAGCUCACGGCAACACCAGAUCGUCAACCUUAACUCAGAUCCUUAACUCACUGAGCAAGGCCAGGGAUCGAACCUGCAACCUCAUGGUUCCUAGUCGGAUUCAUUAAGCACUGAGCCACGACGGGAACUCCUCCCUCCAUUUUAGAGGAAGGGUUUAAUUCCAUGAAGAUGAGACUUCCCAAACAGUACAUAUAUCAAGGUCACAGGAAGGUAACCUGCAACCCUUAGCUGUGUGACAACCUUUCACCAUUUCUAAUCUCUAAAAUGCUAAUCACAGUACCUUUCUCCAAGGGAUGUUGUAAUGGUAAAAGGAGUAGGUGGUCAGCUAAUGUUUGACUCAGGAUCCCCUGUGGGCGUUUCCUCACAUUUUCAGAUGGAUGCCUCUGUAAUUCUCUAUCCAGUUUUCUUCAGUAUUUGCUCUACAGCUCCCACAAAAAGUGACCGAGUGAAAACUCCUGGCGACAGAGCGUCCUUCACCCUCAAACACUUUCAGAAAAUGCUUCUACGGGCUUUGGGUUACUGAGCAACAGUACCUUUCCGAACUCCCACGGUUCUCACACCCCGCCUGACGGGCCAGCUCCAAAUGGCUCAUUUAACCACGGUCACACUUAAAAUCUUGGAGAGACUAAAAUGCAGGAGUCGUCGCCUAUCAGCUACGCGAGGCAAGGGACGGUUGCUUAGUUUUAGAAUGAGUACCGGUAGGCCCCAAAGAUGCACCUCCUUCCACCGGGCGAGCCUAUCAGCGUUCCUCUAGCGAAGAGCGGCAGCUCUCGAGGAGCCAAUGAGUUCCGCUUUCUGGAAUGAACCCGCCCAUCCGUUGUGGCGUCGCUUGGUCUCUGGUAAAACAGAACUGGGACCUGCGCUUCCUCUUAGCGUGCUUGUUGGCGGGUGUUUGCGUUGAAACAACACUGAAGCCGACCUUAAAGGGGAGGGAACAAAGAGGGGGAGCCGGGGCCCUUUAAAACAAGGCGCGCCGGUACCUGCCCCUUUAAGGGCGGGGCGGCCAGAAGACUGAAUCUGAGCCCCAGAUUACCCCGAGUUUCCGUCACAGGCUGCGAGGAAAGGCUUCUUCGCUGGGUCCGGGUGCUUGGCGGCGGCGGCUUCAUCCCCGCUGGUCCUCCCCGGGCCCGGAGACACCCCCGCCCCAGUCAUGCUGAGCAGAGUAUGGAAGCAGCUGAUUACGAAGUGCUAUCCGUGCGAGAGCAGCUAUUCCACGAGAGGGUCCGCGAGUGCAUUAUCUCAACGCUUCUGUUUGCGACACUCUACAUCCUCUGCCACAUCGCCCUGACUCGCUUCAAGAAGCCUGCUGAGUUCACCACAGUGGAUGAUGAAGAUGCCACAGUCAACAAGAUUGCGCUCGAGCUGUGCACCUUCACCCUGGCAGUCGCUCUGGGUGCUGUCCUGCUCCUGCCCUUUUCCAUCAUCAGCAAUGAGGUGCUGCUCUCACUGCCUCGAAACUACUACAUCCAGUGGCUCAACGGCUCCCUCAUCCAUGGCCUCUGGAACCUGGUAUUUCUCUUCUCCAACUUGUCCCUCAUCUUCCUCAUGCCUUUUGCAUACUUCUUCACUGAGUCUGAGGGCUUCGCUGGCUCCAGAAAGGGUGUCCUGGCCCGGGUCUACGAGACGGUGGUGAUGUUGAUUCUUCUCACUCUGCUGGUGCUGGGCAUGGUGUGGGUGGCAUCAGCCAUUGUGGACAACGACAAGGCCAGCAGGGAGUCCCUCUAUGACUUCUGGGAGUACUACCUCCCCUACCUCUACUCCUGCAUCUCCUUCCUUGGGGUGCUGCUCCUCCUGGUGUGUACUCCGCUAGGUCUCGCCCGCAUGUUCUCCGUCACUGGGAAGCUGCUGGUCAAGCCCCGGCUGCUAGAGGACCUGGAGGAGCAGCUGCACUGCUCAGCCUUUGAGGAGGCAGCUUUGACCCGCAGGAUUUGCAAUCCCACCUCCUGCUGGCUGCCCUUGGACAUGGAGCUGCUGCACAGACAGGUCCUGGCUCUGCAGACACAGAGGGUCCUGCUGGGUAUGGGGGUUGGUAGGGAUUGGGAUGCCUGGGUUUCCCCAAGGAGAGUGGCCCCUCAUUCCAGGCCCUUGCUAACAGCUUCCCAUCCCUGUACAGAGAAGCGGCGGAAGGCUUCAGCCUGGCAGCGGAACCUGGGCUAUCCCCUGGCCAUGCUGUGCUUGCUGAUACUGACGGGCCUGUCUGUGCUCAUCGUGGCCAUCCACAUCCUGGAGCUGCUCAUCGAUGAGGCUGCCAUGCCCCGGGGCAUGCAGGGUGCCUCCCUGGGCCAGGUCUCCUUCUCCAAGCUGGGCUCCUUUGGUGCCGUCAUUCAGGUUGUACUCAUCUUUUACCUGAUGGUGUCCUCGGUCGUGGGAUUCUACAGCUCUCCACUCUUCCGGGGACUGCGGCCCAGAUGGCACGACACAGCCAUGACGCAGAUCAUUGGGAACUGUGUUUGUCUCCUGGUCCUAAGCUCAGCUCUUCCUGUCUUCUCUCGAACCCUGGGGCUCACUCGCUUUGACCUGCUGGGUGACUUUGGACGCUUCAACUGGUUGGGCAACUUCUACAUCGUGUUCCUCUACAAUGCAGCCUUCGCAGGCCUCACCACUCUCUGUCUGGUGAAGACCUUCACUGCAGCUGUGCGGGCAGAGCUGAUCCGGGCCUUUGGGCUGGACAGACUACCGUUGCCUGUCUCCGGUUUUCCCCGAGCAUCUAGGAAGACCCAACACCAGUGACCUCCAGCGGAGGGUGGGAGGGAGAAAACUGGACACUGCCAUAUGCUGCCCAGGCCUGGAGGGGCGCCCAGGGGUGGGUGGCCCUCAGGACCUGGAAUCUGAGAGGGUGGGUGGCAGAGGGGAGCUGAGCCGUCUGCACUGUUGCAUAAUCUGAGCCAGAGUUUGGGACCAGGCCCCCCUGCUUUUCCAGAUUUAACUGUGGGCCCCAGCAUGGGGUGGGGCUGGGUGACGGGGUCUGGCUCCUGGUCCCAAAUCCGUUUACACAUCCAUCUGCUGCCUCACUGCUGUUCCGGGCUAUGCCCAUUGCUAUGUUUACAUGAUUUGAUGUGCAAUAGGGUGGGGUGGGGGCAGGGGAGGGACUGAGCCAGGAGCAGACUUGGGAGGCAGAUUGUCUCCCUUGCCUCUGGCCCAGCAGAACCUAAGCACUGUGCUAUCCUGGAGGGGCUGCGGACCACCGGAGAGACGAGGGCAUAGGGAGGAAGAGACCACAACCAUCAGCAAUAAAGUUGAUCCCAGGGUUUGCUUUGUUUUUUCAAA